AUGGGAUCAAACGUAGCGCAAAAGCGCCUCUUCCACGAAUACAAAAACCUUUCCACCAAUCCUCCGGAGGGGAUCACCGCCGGCCCGAUCACCGAAGAUGACAUGUUCCACUGGGAAGCCCUCAUUCAAGGGCCCGAGGAUACACCGUUUGAAGGAGGCGUGUUUGCUGCGGAGCUCAAGUUUCCCAAGGAUUAUCCGUUGAGUCCGCCUACGAUGAAGUUUUUAGGCGGCGUAUGGCAUCCGAAUGUGUAUCCCAAUGGUACAGUGUGUAUAUCGAUUCUUCACCCACCAGGCGAUGACCCAAACCAUUACGAACACGCCUCAGAGCGAUGGUCACCGAUUCAAAGUGUCGAGAAGAUUCUCAUUUCAGUGAUGAGUAUGCUGGCCGAACCGAACGAUGAGAGCCCUGCGAAUGUCGAGGCAGCGAAGAUGUGGCGUGAGCGAAGAGGCGAUUAUGAAAAGCGCGUUAGGGAAGAAGUUAGAAAGACUUUGGGUCUAUAA